UCCCCUCAGUGAACUGGAUGGACCCUCUGAAAAAACCUGUACUGUCUGCUCAUACUUCCAUGAUGUUUGGACCCUCAAGAACUGUGAGGAUCCCUCCACCCCGGCAGAAAUUCACUGUCUUGCGUUUGCUACCCGAGCAGACAGUCGAGUCUGUGAAGCCUAAACCAUCCAGUUACCUCCCCCAUUCCUGCCCAAAGGAGUUGGGGGAGAAGGUCCAAGAAGUGCCCAGAGAAGGGAAGGAAGAUUUUGUAGAGACCAGAGGGCGGGACGAUGGGAACAGGGCCCCCCACAGCAGUGGGAAUAUAGUGUUGACAUCCAGGCCCCUGGAGACUGGUGGACUGCUCAGUUCCGACCAAUGCAGCCCUGCACCUGGGGACCAACCUCCCAAUUCCUCAGGAGACAGCUUGGGGGGAAACACUCAGAUACCUCGGGUGAGCUCCCCCUCUGAAAGACCUGUUGUCACCUCAGAGGGCCCAGCUGGUGACGUUGUUCCUCUUCAGAAGCCUGAUACAGAUGCAGGGAUGCUCUCCGACCCAACCCCAAGGUGCCCCUUGCUUCAGGAGAGAUUAACACAGGAAGUGGUGGCUGAAAACCAUCAGCCUAGCCAGAGAAUACCAGACCUAUCAAGGAAGAUCAGAGAGGCUGAUAAGCCUUCAGGCAUCCCAUGAGAGUACUCUUUGCCACCAGUAUCUGCCACCAGCAGGCCCUCCAAUAGGAAAAUAUCCAUGCCACUUUUUGUGCCUCUGCCAUCAGCAAUGCCAUUACAGUGGGGCAGAGAAGAGUUGCCCCCACCUCCUAAGCUUCCUUGCAUAGCUAUUGACAAAAACCUGGGCAUUUUGGACAAUACCGAGGAUCAGGGGAAGAAGAUCUUGGAGGGUGGAGCAGAGAUCCUGGCAGACGACGGGGCCACUCAACCUGCCCCUUCAU